AUGCAUGGGAUUAUAGACAAAUUCUGGGGGGCGCGGACGCAGAAUACGAAUGACCGACUUUGCAACGGUGAACCGAUCACAAGUCUGCAGCAUGCCGCCUACACAAGAUGCUACAUCAUUCAGCGAAGCUACUUGACACACGAGCUCGGGGUACAAGACAAGGUUCAGAACAGUGGCUUUGUCUACCGGAGCGAUGUUACACAUCAGGAAGUGAUCUCGGGCGUUCAACAGCGGCUCAGCUUGGCCAAAAGCCGGGUGGGCGCAGAGUAUUGUAAGGAGGUAGUCUGCUUCACUGCGCGGCUACUGGUGAUGAUGAACGUGGGCCGAUUCAUGAGCGAGGCACAUCUUCGCAGGAAUGUUCCAUGGGAGUCGAACUCACCCAGGGACUGUGUGGACGACUAUUUUGCCGAGGCUCCCAGGAUGAGCUACGAGGGCGUUAAGCUCCCCAAAUCUUUCAACGCAUGGAGCGUUGAGACUGUUGGGGGCAUCAAAGUCAGGCUGACCGACAACCUCGCUGAUCAUCUGCUUCUGGUAGAAGAUGACACUACCGUGCUUGUUUUUCAUCACGCCUCCGUCCUACCCAUAGGUCUUGCCCAAGAGACACUCAGGACGCUCGCCCUCCUAUUCCCCCAAGCGGAAAUUUCCAGAGCACGAGGUGCCGAGCGAACCAAGACAACGUGGCUCAAGAAGCUGUACGAGAAACACGAGAAGAACAAGUUACUCGUGGACAGAAGACUCACCAGGUGUGGGAAUCUAAACACAAGUGACCGCCAGGUCCAGAAUUUCAAAUUCUGGAGAGACCGGCUGGUGGUUCUAAAGGAAGCUUAUGACGAGGCAACUCCUAGCACUCUUUGUCAGUGGUGGCAUGAUCGUCGUAAUGGGGUGCAGUGGUACACGUUCUGGGUAGCGGUGCUAGUUCUGACUCUCACGAUCUUCUUUGGGCUCAUCCAGUCUAUAGAAGGAGCUCUCCAGGUUUACAAGGCAUAUCAUCCUUCCGCUUGA